AUGGCUCCAUUGUUACAUAGGGUUUCCAACUAUGGUUGUGGUAAGCGUGUAACUGUACGCUUCUGUGAUGACAAGAUCUAUGAUACCAAGGAUGGAGAGUCUAGGACAAUUAAUGAAGAGAUUAAUAGUGGUCCAUAUACGAAGAUUUAUAGAGACUUUCCAGAUGAAGAUCAAGGUUAUCUGCUGAAUUAUGACGGUUAUAAUCUCAUGCUUAAUGAUAAUCGUGGUAAGAAUAAAGGUAUCCAAGAUUAUCUUGUUCAUAUAUGGACCGCGUACGACGAUAUUAAUAUAGAUAUAGUUUAUGAUGAAAUGAAGAUAUGGUGCGAAAUUGAUGAUUUAGGGAUAUAUCAAUCCGAUGGAGAUCUGAAAUAUUAUAAGUCUGUUAUUGCACGUCAUCGUGAGGAAGGAGGUAUUAGCGUUAUAGGUUUUGAAACAGCUGAAGGAGCGACUACUGCAUCUGCUAAAAAAGAAGAAGAUGAAAAUGACGAAGCAUCGGCGAAGAUGAAUGAACCAAAUGCAUAA